AUGCUACUGGAGUCGACCAUAAUCAUUUUCGACACGUUGUCAUCACGUCUACGGUGUUUCGCCUUCAUAUUGUCCACUACAGCGGUAGGAUUCCGAAUCCUGUCUCGAAAGAUCAAUGGAACUGGUCUCUUUAUUGACGACUAUCUUAUGCUUUCAGCUCUGACCCUCUUCACUGGCUCUAUCCUCUACACACUUUGCGUCGCCUCGAUCAAACUCUCUAUUUUGAUGCUUUACAAACGAUUGUUCCCCGUGAAGCCUAUAGAUAUCGCUGUCAAGAUUGUCUCGAUGAUUAUUAUCCUCUGGGCCGCUUGCGGUAUUCUGGCGGGUUGCUUCACUUGCAUUCCGACGGAGAAGCUUUGGAAUCCCAUGAUCCCUGGUGGUUGUAUGGACCUGGGCAAGUUCUACUAUGGCUUGCAGAUUCCCAACAUUGUUACCGACGCUGUGAUCUUGGUUAUGCCCAUGCGCACUGUCUGGGGGUUGCCAAUUUCGAAGGCGCAAAAGACCGGUCUCUCGUUAAUUUUUGUUCCGGGCUUUUUGUAA